UUCAGCUUCAUUCUUUGACAGCCUCCCCCUUUUCCCUCUCCAAAUCUUACGCCUCUUGUGUCUGAGACUUUCGGUGGACUCUCUCAGACACCACCAACUUCUUCACUUACUUGUAAAGUUCUUUGCUUUCUUCAUAAACCUUCAAAUUUUAGUUUUCAAAUACACGCAAAAUAUUAUACUGCAAAUUUUUCAGUAUGCUUGGGAUUUAUUUGGAGGUCACAGACAGCCAUCUUUGUUCCUUUGGAUUGCUUUAACAUAUGUGUCACUACUGUGUUGCAGAAUUGACACAAUCCAAGGGCAGAAAAAAAAAAGCAGGAGGAUUUGAAAUCAUUACAAUUAGACACUGGAGGCCCCGUUAAGUCUUGCAAAUUUUGUGAGGAGAAACAGGAGUGAGAAUCUAUCAAGCAGGGUAGUGGGAUUUUAUAUACAAUGACAAUGAUCAGUCCAACGACUUCCUUGUCAAGUAGUGACAGUUGUGUCUCCAGCUGCAGUGAGUUUUCUGUUGAUGUUAGCUCAUAUAGGGCUAAUCAAGAAGAAAAUACCAGUGUUUGCCAAGAGAAUCUCAGUUGUCGACCUAAUGGGCGAUUGCAAAACUCAAGCUUUGAACAUCAAGUAAAUGGACUUGAUAGAUCCCAAAAAGUGAUGGAAAACAACCUGAAGGAAAGUAGUAGUUGUAGUGAUGGGUAUACAGUAAGAGAUGUUGAGAUUAUAGAGACGAGUAAUGACCAAGAAGCAAAAGAUAAUGUUGCUACAAACUCUAGUUCAUUUAGUGAGGGAAUUGAGAAUUCAGAUUCUUUAGAAGAUGAGACGGAUGCCCAGAUAUGGGAACCCCCUGAGCCUAAUGAUCCAGAGGAUGACAUGGAGGGUAGCGUGGCUUUCAAUGACGAUGACGAUGAGGAGUGUGGUGAUGGCAUGAAAUGGGGCAAACCAAGUUCUUUGAGUAAUUCUAGAGAUGAAGGAAGUGGAAGCUAUAGGUUUAAAGAGGAAAAACAAAGAGCAACGGAAGCAGUAAUUAAUGGAAAGUUUAAGGCCCUUGUCUGUCAGCUACUUAAAUCUGUUGGUCUGGCCUCUUCUGGGGAGGAUGGUGAAAGUUGGGUCGACGUUAUUGCUUCUUUGUCAUGGGAAGCUGCUUCAUUUUUGAAACCUGAUGCUGUUGUUGGUAAAGCAAUGGAUCCAGAUGGCUACGUGAAAGUAAAGUGCAUUGCAACCGGUGUUCGCAGCCAAAGUCAACUAGUAAAAGGUUUGGUCUUCAAAAAGCAUGCUGCACACAAGCAUAUGCCGACCAAGUACAAGAAUCCAAGGUUGUUGCUAAUCAAGGGUGUACUUGGUCAGUCUUCAAGUGGAUUGUCAUCGUUUGAUUCAAUGGAACAGGAACAAGGCUAUCUGAAGUUUGUCAUCGAAAUGUUAGAUUUGUGCCAUCCAAAUGUGGUUUUAGUGGAAAAAACUGUUUCUCGUGAUAUUCAGGAGUCUAUUCUUGCAAAAGGAAUGACACUGGUGUUUGACAUGAAGCUCCAUCGCCUAGAAAGAGUUGCUCGUUGUACUGGAUCACCAAUUUUAUCAUCAGAUACAAUGACAAGCAAAAAGCUAAAACAGUGCGACUCUUUUCACAUUGAAAAAUUUACAGAGGAACAUGCUGGUUUUGGUGGAGGAAAGGUGCCGAGCAAAACAUUGAUGUUUAUUGAGGGCUGUCCUACACGCCUGGGCUGUACGAUUUUGCUGAAAGGAGCACAGAGUGAUGAAUUGAAGAAGAUCAAGUGCGUAGUGCAGUGUGCCGUUAUUCUGGCGUAUCAUUUAAAACUUGAGACUGCUUUUCUUGUUGACCAGAGAGCAAUGUUCUCUACACUUCCAUUUUCCAGUGCAGCAAAUGUCUUGUCCACUGAAGUAGCAAAUGGGUUGCCCACUGAUAAAAUUUCCCUUAAUUUAGGACCUGUUACUUCAUGUGUUUCUCAGCACAGGGACUCUAGUGCUGAAACUGGGUCAGAUGCAGUUGAUAUUCUCAUUUCCAAUGGAUUCCAUAAAGGAUAUUCCCACAAUUUUAACUUGGAAUGUGAAGGCACAUGUGAAGUUCAUGAACCAUACAAUCCUGCCAUAUUUUCUGGCUUCUCGUCCCUUUCAGCAUCACUAAGCAAAGUUGUAGGGGGGAGUUUCCCUCUGGCAUCUUCUUAUCAGUCCCUCUCUUCAUACUUUGGAUUCAAUGCAAGAGAAUCGAAUGGCGAUAUCACAAGAUCUGUUUCUGUUUCAACAUCUCCAGAGGCAAUUGAUCUUUGUGAUGUUGAAGAUAAAGGUAGUUCAGAUGAAGAGAGGUCACUCGAUGGACAAACCCACACUUCAUUUACAUGCACAGAAGCUUCUCCAGAGAUGAAAGAAGAUGGUGGAAAUAGUGAAGAUCAAAUGCAAAGUAAGAAGGACAUCAGCACAGUGUUGGAUUCUCAGAGUAUUUUGGUUUUGAUGUCUAGCCAGAAUGCUUUAAGAGGGACUGUUUGUGAGCAGAGACAUUUUUCUCAUAUCAUGUUCUACAAGAAUUUUGAUGUUCCCAUUGGAAAGUUUCUACAAGAUAAUUUACUCACUCAGAGAAGCCAGUGCAAUUGUGGUGACCUGCCAGACGCUCACUUCUACUAUUAUGCACAUCAUAACAAGCAGCUUACUAUUCGAGUUAAACGGCUCCCUGAAGAAGAGCGUUUGCCUGGUGAAGCAGAAGGGAAACUUUGGAUGUGGAGUCGAUGUGGUAAAUGUAAAUCCAGGAAUGGAGUCUCAAAGUGUACAAAAAGAGUGUUGAUUUCCACUGCUGCACGUGGUCUGUCGUUUGGAAAUUUCCUGGAGCUCAUUUUUUCAAACCCCUCUUUGUCUAAUAUGUUUUCUAGUUGCAGCCAUUCGUUGCAAAGGGACUUUCUCUACUUUUUUGGGUUAGGCCCUAUGGUUGCUAUGUUCAAAUAUUCCCUGGUCACAACUUAUACUGUGUCUGUGCCACCUCUGAAGCUUCCGUUCAGCAAUUCAAUUAGACAAGGGUGGCUUAUGAAAGAAACUCAGAAUGUGUACAUGAAAGUGAUGCUAUUGUUCACAGAGGUUGCCAACACUCUAAAGAAGAUUAGAUCUCAAUUUGAUGGCUUGACUUUGAAACUUCGAGGCUCAUUUAAAGAAUUCUCUGACAUCGAAGACAUGCUAAAGCAAGAAUGUUCUGAAUUUGAGGUAAGCAUUCAGAAUGCUGUUAGCAAGAAUGGGAACUCAGACCAGGCCGCCUACAAACUCCUUAGCUUGAACCGAGUACUUUGGGAACUAAUCCUUGAAUCAUGCAUUUGGGAUCGGCGCUUGCAUUCGUUACUGUCACCAGAUUCGUUGAUGAUACAUUCUGGAGCUUCUGAGAAGGUACUGCAAGAAAAGGUGAAUUCAGAUAUUGAUGGCAUUGCUAGUGGUGGAAUUGGGGGGACCAAAAGAAUUGUGGAAAAAGGUGAGAAAUGCUUUGAUGGUGGUGCCAGUUUAAAAGUUAAGUUAGAUACAGCUUCAGAAGCAGAUGCAUCUCCAAGCAAAGACAUUCUAGUUGGAGGUCCUGUUCAAGAAUCUAAAGGAGCUGAUCCAUUUGAUGUGUCUAAUAUGGCUGAGGAUUUUGAAACACCAAAUGUGGGUGGUUCAAGCACAAAAAGAUUGUCUAGCCAGGGGUCCAAUCUGAGCACCAAUGGCUCCACCAAGGGUCAUUCUGAGAAUAAUCAGCUAGAAGUGGAUAGAACUUUUCCGAUUUCGACAGAAAAUGGGGAUUGUAGCUCUAUUGUCGAUUCAAAUCUAUUAGUGAAGGGUACUUCUCACCAUUCACUAUCAUCCAACUUGGAAAAUUCAAAUGACUGGUUUUGGGUACCUUUCUCUGAAAUUCGACAAAUAGGCAUGAAGGAUCUACAUAGAGUUUACUUGCCAAAGUUUGAAUCACUUAGUAGUUAUACUGCAGAGUACUUACCCACAGCACAUCAACUGAUCAAAGAGGAAGGGCAAAUGCUGCACAUUCCUCUAGGAACUGAUAAUCAUAUUGUGUCAGAUUAUGAAGGAGAACUGUCCAGUAUGAUUGCUUGUGCACUGGCGUUAUUGAAAGAUCUACCUCUUCAAACAGAGGUUCUUGCUGACGUUAGCAAGGGAGAGAGUGGAAUUGCUGCUAGAAAAUUUGAGAAUUUACAGAGUUUUACUCGAAUUCCCAUUAUUUCUUCGGCGCAUUGGUCUUCAAAUGGUUCUUCAGAUUCUGAUUCAGUCCAUUCUAAUGCAAGCAUUUCUUUGGAUGAGUCACGCUUCUCCAGUUUUGAUGGGUUGAAUUUGUUGGAUUCUCUGGUUCCACCAGGAACUGUGAACCCAGUAGUCCCUCUAGGAGGUUCAAAAUCACUUGGCAAGGAUAAAUAUACUGUAAUAUGUCCAUAUGCCAAUCAAUUUCGUGAUCUCAGGAAUCGAUGCUGCCAAUCUGAAGUUGAUUAUAUUGCUUCCCUUAGCCGUUGUAGAAACUGGGAUGCUAAAGGUGGGAAGAGCAAAUCCUUUUUUGCUAAAACACUGGAUGACAGGUUGAUUAUUAAAGAAAUCAAGAAGACAGAAUUUGAGUCAUUUAUAAAGUUUGCUGAGGAUUAUUUCAAGUACGUAAAUGAGUCAUUUGAUAACGGAAAUCAAACUUGCCUUGCAAAAGUUCUUGGGAUUUAUCAGGUGGUUCUGAAACAGACAAAAAGUGGGAAAGAGAUGAGGCAUGAUCUGAUGGUCAUGGAAAAUCUUACCUUUGGUCGGAACAUCGUUCGUCAGUAUGAUCUUAAAGGUGCUCUACAUGCUCGAUUCAAUUCUGCUGCAGAUGGUUCAGGAGAUGUUCUUUUGGAUCAGAACUUUGUCAAUGAUAUGACCUCAUCUCCACUGUAUGUUAGCAACAAUGCAAAGCGUAUAUUGGAACGGGCUGUGUGGAAUGACACAACUUUCCUCAAUUCAAUCAAUGUUAUGGAUUAUUCAUUGCUUGUGGGAGUGGAUGCUGAACGCCGGGAGCUUGUAUGUGGCAUUAUUGAUUAUCUCAGACAGUAUACUUGGGACAAGCAACUAGAGACAUGGGUGAAGUCCUCACUUGUACCAAAGAAUGUCUUGCCAACUGUCAUCUCUCCAAAAGAGUACAAGAGGAGAUUCAGAAAAUUCAUGUCUAAACACUUCUUGAGCAUCCCAGAUCAUUGGUGCUCACCAGAAUCCUCUGACCCUUGUCAUCAAUGUGCUGUCAGGGACGAUUCUUCUGAAUAAAAAACUGGAAGGAAAGGCGGGCUAAACAGUUCUUCUUCCUAAGUCCUUUUUACCGGUAUCAUCAUCUUUUGUUUUACAAAUGUCAGUGUUGCUUCUUUUGACAGGUUUAAAUACUGUAAAUAAUUCAUCGUCUCAGUUCUGCCCUGUUAUUCUGCAAUUUUUAGCAAAUUUCUGGGGAUAGUUUCAGGUCUAAUGGUCACAAUGUGCAGCUAGAAGUAAAAUUCUUUUGUAGAGCCUAUUAAGGAAGUAUAGAGUUUUGGUGGUCGAAAACUUUCGGAAUCAACGAAAAGUUGCCGUUAUUGUGGAUGGCAUUCUUUCUUGUACGUGUAAAUGUUGGUCCUGGAUGUUAGUGCUGGAAGUACACAUAUAAAUACAAGCUAUAUGAAAUCUUAUGCAAUGCCUAGUCUUUUCA